AGCAGCUGGGCGCCCUGCCCCGGUUAUUUCCGAGCCCUUCUGUCAGGGAACCCACAUGUAGGCUACUUCCAGCCAGCAGUGACUGAACAUGUGAACCGCCGGGCUGAUGCUGUGAAGAUGAUGGAAGAUAGCAGUUACCCACACUGCUGAUAUGAAACGCAUGGAUUAUGGAUCUGAUAUGGAUAUGUUGUCAAAUCCUACUUUUUCUAAGUGUCUGUGUUAAUUCAUCGCUGCGUGAUGGCGACGACACUUCCUGCGACGGCGCGUUCGAUAUUUAUUUUGUAUUAGACAGGUCGGGCAGUGUGUUUGGACACUGGCAUGAGAUCUAUGGAUUUGUGGAGCAGCUCACCAACAGGUUUGUCAGUCCCAGGAUGAGGGUCUCCUACAUAGUCUUUUCAGCCAGAGCAGUUGUAAUACUGCCGCUAACGGGAGACAGGUCUAAGAUCGACGAGGGUUUGGAGAAGCUGAGCCAAAUCAAACCUGCCGGUGAAACGUACAUGCACGAAGGCAUGAAAGCGGUGUCAGAGCAGAUGAAGACACAAACUGCACCGUCAUCCAGCAUCAUUAUCGUUCUGACCGAUGGCAAGCUGGAGGUUUUCCCCUUUGAACUGACUCUACGCCAGGCUGACAAGGCCCGAGGGUUUGGUGCCAGAGUGUACUGUGUCGGGGUCAUGGACUUUGACCACAAACAGCUUGCUGAAAUAGCAGACGGCACAGAACAAGUCUUCCCGGUGCUGUCCGGGUUUCACGCCCUUAAAGACAUCGUCAACUCGAUCCUGAAGCAGACAUGCGCAGAAGUAUUCACAAUAGAGCCAUCAAGUGUUUGUGUUAAUGAGUCUUUCAGUGUGGUGUUGAGGGGCAGUGGCUUCAGCGGAUCCAGGAGGACAGACAACAUUCUCUGCUCCCUCACUGUCAAUCAAAAGACAUACGACCAGAAGCCAAAAGUCGUCAGAGAUGGCUAUCUGCUGUGUCCAGCUCCUGUUCUACAUGAGGUCGGACAAUCAAUUGAUGUGCUGGUCAGCCUGAAUAAUGGACAAUCCUACAUCUCCAGUCCCAUCACCAUCUAUGCUACAUCUUGUUCAGAUGGGACCUGGGUGCUCUGGUUGCUGUUGGCUCUGUUGCUGUUACUGGCUCUGGCUUUGUUCUGGUGGUUCUGGCCUCUGUGCUGCACUGUGGUGAUCAGAGACCCACCCCCCUCUCGUCCACCUCCUCCACCUCCCAUCAUUGAACCAGAAGAAGAUCUUUUGCCCAAACACAGGUGGCCCACAGUGGAUGCUUCAUACUAUGGAGGCAGAGGUCCUGGAGGAAUCAAACGCAUGGAGGUGCGUUGGGGGCAGAUGGGGUCCACAGAGGAAGGGUCACGUCUCGAGAAAGCCAAAAAUGCUGUGGUCACUAUGCCGGAGGAAGCAGAGGAGCCCAUCAUGCAUCGGCCUCCACCACGGCCUCCUCCUGUCUACAACCCCCCGUCACAAUCCAAAUGGUACACGCCCAUCAAGGGGCGUUUUGAUGCAUUGCGGGCAUUACUGAGGAGGCAGUACGACAGAGUGGCAAUCAUGAGGCCGACACCUCAGGACAAGGGCCGCUGCAUUAACUUCACCAGAGUUCAGAGUCACUGAUGUUCAAACAUUAGGAUCAACACUUUUCACUUUAUUCCAGUUUUUGGCCAAACAUGACAUGUUUGUAUACUCAGAUUUGAUGUGUAUUGUAAAUAAAACCAU